GGUCAACCGCCUAUUCGUGCUGGGUUGUAGGAAGCAGCUCUUGCUUAGUGACCUUGGGAAUAUUCCUGAGAGGUACAGGGCUAGCUUCAAUCACGAUCGAUUCAGGAAAGCCUUUAAAGAGGAGGAGACAAAAGCAAGGGGGGCUCCUCCAUCUAUGACGAAAAUUUACCUGAAGGUGUAUGGGCGACGACUGUUUGCGGCCGCUGUUCUAAAACUGAUCGGGGAUGUGUUUGGUUUCAUCAACCCUCUUGCCGUCGGUGCGCUGACAGUGUAUGUAACGUCCAUAAAGUAUGCCUCUGCUGAACAAACGUCCCCCGCACACUUUGUCACUGUAGGAGAGUUUUUCGCAAACGGAUUCGUACUAGUGGCCGUCAUGUUCCUCGUCUCCACGCUGAAGUUCUUCUGCAUCCAAACCUACGUGUACAUCAUCGUGAUAGAGGCGAUGAACAUGCGCUCUGCACUUCAGGCAAUGGUAUACGAGAAAUCCCUACGUCUAUCAACCUUUGCCACGGCCGGUAAGAUGAAUAUGGGCCAGAUAACCAAUCACAUGUCCGUGGAUCCCAUGGUUAUUCAGCAGAUGUUCCAGUCGGUCAACUACCUGUGGUCCGUGCCUGUACAGCUUGCUGUAAACCUUCUGCUGCUGUACUUUCAAAUGGGAUUUCCGGCCUUAAUCGGAGCAUGUGUGUUCUUCAUUAUCACGCCUGUUCAAUUCAAGAUGAUGUCCGUCAUCACUAAGCGACAGGAAGAUCUCUUGCUUUGUUCUGACGAGCGGUUGAAGCAAGUGAACGAGCUCCUACAGGGUAUCCGGCUCCUCAAGCUAUACGCCUGGGAGGAGUGGUACUGCCAAGGAGUGGAGGCAGUACGCGCUAGGGAGCUUGCCUGCCUUAUGAAGAUUACAGGGGCCACCAUCAGCACAAUUCUGUUGACUUCUACUGCGCCUGUUCUGGUCACACUUGUGGGGUUCGGGACCUACUCUGCCCUGACAGGCAAGACGCUGACCCCGGACGUGACCUUCUCCUCGCUGUCCCUCUUCAACAUGCUGGGGACUCCCUUGACCAUGGUGCCCACCGCCUUGCUCCUCCUCGUCAACGGGGUCGUCAGCAGCAGGCGGGUGCUGAACUUCCUUCUUGCCCCUGAGGUUGAAGUGAGCUGCCGGCCUGACAUCGAGGAGGCCAGAGACGACGAACCAGCGUGUGCAGAGACCAAGUUGGGAAGGGAGUCAUGGACUUCAGUCGAGGGAACGUAUGACAACAGCACAGAAACAACAAGUCUUCUCUCGAGCGGUUCCAGCGAUUCCAGUCAAGCCAAGUACGGUAUCGGGAGCCCUGGUCGUUCUCUUCGUCAAGAUGAACCAAGAGACCUUCCCCCGGGAGUUGCAGUUAAGGUAACCGACGCCAGUUUUCUGUGGGAUCUGGACUCUUGUCUGCCGGUUCUCUCUGACAUCAACCUGGAGAUUCCCGAGGGUAAACUGACCAUAAUCAUCGGGCAAGUUGGUAGUGGUAAGUCGUCACUCAUAUCAGCCAUCUUAGGGGAAAUGUCGACUCUCUACGGGAAAGUACAAAUCAGAGAAAACGCUGAAAUUGCUCUUGCAGCUCAGAAACCUUGGCUGCUGAACGUCACCCUCAAGGAAAACAUUCUCUUCUCGAAAUCACUGGACGAGAAAAGGUACGACCUUGUCCUAGACUCCUGCGCCUUGAAGCCGGACAUCGAUAUCCUACCUGCUAGAGAUCAGACGGAGAUUGGAGAGAAGGGAAUCAACCUGAGCGGAGGACAGAAACAACGAGUCAGCGUGGCUAGGGCUAUGUACUCAAAUAGAGAUGUCAUUAUUCUAGAUGACCCAUUGUCUGCCUUAGACGUCCAUGUUGGCCGUCAUCUCUUCGAAGAAGGAAUCAUGAAACUGCUCGUCAAACGUCGACACACCGUAAUCCUAGUGACGCACCAACUGCAGUACCUGAAUAGGGCAGACCUGAUCAUUGUGAUGAAAGACGGUAGAAUAACAGCCAGGGGAGAUUUGGAUGACAUCAUCGCCUCGGAUCCGGUUAUGUACAGUGAGUACCACAAGGCGGUCCGGGUAGCCAGCGAGUCUGAGACAGAGACGUCUAGUCUGGAUUCGGGGUCCAUCACAGAGGAGCGACGCCAGCUCCAGCAGCGAGUGAGGAGUGCUUUCCUUGUGAACCAGAUAUCUGAUGCUGCUGAAACUGCGUCUGGUUCUCUGAUCAAGAAGGAAGAGAUGGAAAGAGGCUCAAUCUCUUGUGGUGUUUACUUGUACUACGCCCGCAACGUUGGCAGCUGGCUGGUCCUGCUAAUCGCCGUCACAGCCGUUGCCAACACCGCCUUGUCAAUAACCACCAAUUUCUGGUUAUCUGCUUGGUCGGAGGCUGGUCUAGGAAAUGAAAGUGUUUCCAUCAGUGAUCAGUAUUUCAUUGGUUACUUGGGUCUGUCUGUCGGAUACCUGCUAGUCAAGUCCACCACCAGUACAUUACUGGUGGUAGGUUUGCUGAUAGCAGCUAGGAGGCUACACCAGAAGAUGCUGCGAAACUUGAUCCGGGUACCCAUAAGAUUUUUCGACACAACGCCUGUUGGACGCAUACUGAACCGAUUCUCCAGUGACACAAAGCUCAUAGAUUCGAGACUGACCCAGACGAUGAUAACCCUCCUGGGCAGUUCUCUCCGUGUCUUGUCAGCUGUGAUAGUUAACACCAUUGUCAUGCCGCUCUUCCUUGUCUUCUUCCUCCCUGUGACCGUGGUCUAUCUCAUCCUCCAGUGGUACUUUCUGGCGUCGUCCCGAGAGCUUCAAAGGCUUGACAGCAUCAGCAGAUCCCCCGUGUUUGCAUUGUUCUCGGAGACUCUGAGCGGACUGACAACGAUCCGUGCGUACAGAGCUGGCAGGCGUUUCUAUGGCAAUCUUCUCGAGCGAAUCGACACCAAUCUGACAGCAUUCCUCUACCUUCAGGUGGCCAAUCGUUGGCUGGCGCUGCGACUGGAUGCUAUUGGUACAUUCAUGGUCCUGCUAGCUGGACUCUUGUCACUGAUUGGUGCAUUAACUAUGGACCUGGAUCCCAGCCUCGUAGGACUGGCUGUGACCUAUUCACUUCAGGUUUCCAGCUACUUGAACUAUUUGGUGCGGGGUGUUGCGGACACGGAAAUGCAGAUGAACGGGGUUGAACGCGUGAAGCACUUCACGUGUGUCGCGAACGAAAAAUAUGAAGGUUCUGAGCCCUCCCCAGACUGGCCACAAAAAGGCAGGAUCGAACUGCAGCACGUGUCGGUGCGAUAUGCCGAAGACUGGGACCCGGUGCUGCACGAUGUCACGGUGGAAUUUAAAGCAGGGGAAAAGGUUGGGAUAUGUGGACGAACCGGAGCAGGAAAAUCAUCUCUCUCCUUGGCUUUACUCAGGGCUGUGGACAUCUUUGACGGUAGCAUAUUAAUCGACGGAGUUGAUAUCAAGUCUGUACCCCUGAAGACUCUGCGCAGUAAGGUGUCCAUCAUCCCUCAGGAUCCUGUCCUUUUCACGGGAUCCAUCAGAACAAAUUUGGACCCGCAUGGUCGCCAUAGCGAGGCAGAAUUGUGGGACGCUUUGGAAGUCUCCCAACUGAGGGGUAUGGUAUGUCAGCUGGGAGAAGGGCUCGAUUCGGUGGUGACCGAGGGGGGAGAGAAUUUCAGCGUAGGUCAGCGGCAGCUGUUCUGUCUGGCUCGCGCCUUCCUGCGCAAGUCUCGUAUCCUCAUCAUGGACGAGGCUACUGCCUCCGUCGACAUGGAGACGGAUAAGUUACUGCAGCAGGUUGUGCUCAGUUCCUUCGCAGACAGGACGGUAUUGACAAUUGCACAUCGCAUCAGCAGCAUUAUAAACUCGGACAGCAUCCUUGUUCUGGACCACGGAAGGACGGCUGAAUACGGCACGCCUAGCUCCCUUUUGGAGAAGGGUGGUCUCCUCGCCUCUUUUGUAAAGGACAAAAACGGCUCUUGAUCUUCCAAAGUUUAUGAAUGUGCGUAGAGUGAAAACUGCGCUGAUUCUCCAGCGCAAGAUUUUUGGCAUGUGUACAUGUAUAAUGGCGUGAAACAAAAAUCGACGACUACUUAUUAGUCUCAAGAGAACAGAGGGUAGGGUCAUUAAUUAAAGAUGGCCUGUAGCUAUACAUAACAUGGACUUUCUAAAACCCCAGAGCAUUAACU